UAAAAUGGUCGUAAAACAAACGUAAACACCGAGAACCGAAGUGCGAAACACGUGAUUGUGUUUUAUGGUAUGGUAAUUUAUUUUGAAAAAAUUGCAGCUUAAUUAACAGAAAAUUCAAUUGAAAAAACAGGUAAAAUGUUGACAUUUGUGAUUCGAAAAUCAGUUGUUACGUGAUAUGAGGUGUAUUAUCAAAACUCUGCCUAAUUUUUGUGGUUCAAGAACUUUCAAAUUGAGUUAUCACCACUAUUUUCACUCGAGUCGUAAAAUGUCUGAUUUUGCCUCAAAAUGUGUUAUUGGAACGCACGACGGAGUAUUUCAUUGUGACGAAGCUCUCGGAUGUUUCCUACUGAAGACAUUAUAUCCUCAUGCGACCAUUGUACGAUCGCGUAAUCAAGAAAUUCUCAACACUUGUGAUAUUGUUAUUGAUGUCGGUGGCGAAUAUAAUCCCGAGAAGUUUCGUUUCGAUCAUCAUCAAAGAAGUUUCAACCAUUCGAUGAGUACGCUAUCCUCCAUCGUGAAAACUACUGUGAAACUCAGCAGCGCGGGUUUAAUAUAUCAUCAUUUUGGCAGAAAAAUUAUAGAAAAAAUAGUGCAAUCGAAUGAUGGUAAAUUGAUCGAUUAUGUUUACAAAAGAGUAUACGGAAAUUUUAUCCAAGAAAUAGAUGGAACUGAUAACGGAUUACCACCGUAUCCGAAAGAACCUCUUUAUAAUAUUUGUACUCACGUCAGUGCUAGAGUUCAGCAUUUAUUGAAACCUUGGAAUGUGAAAGACGAAGAUUACGAUGUGGAGGAACAUUUCCAAAAAGCUAUGAAUUUGGUUGGUGGUGAAUUUAUUGAAAGUUUAGAGUCAGCGGCGUUUGUUGUUUAUCCAGCUAGAGCUAUUGUGGAAAAAGCGAUAGAAAAUAGAUUCAAUGUUCAUCCUUCGGGUAAGAUCAUUGAGUUAGAACAACACUGCCCUUGGAAAGAUCAUUUUUUCGAUAUUGAAAAGGAACUCAAUUUAAGUUCUGACAUAACCUACGUGUUAUUUCAAUCCGAUGAUAAUUACAGAGUUAUGUGUGUUUCUGUGACUAAUAAGAGCUUUGUCUGCCGUAAAUUUCUUCCUCCAAGUUGGAGAGGAUUAAGAAAUGACGCUUUAUCUGAAAAAAGUGGAAUACCUGGUUGCGUUUUUGCUCAUCAUAAUGGAUUCAUCGGUGGGAAUGAAACGAGAGAAGGGGCCUUACAAAUGGCUGUAAAAUCACUGGAGAAUGAAGAAGAGAGUUGAAAAAAUAUGUCGAAAUGUCAGAUUCAACGAUACAAACUAUUUUUCCGAUUCACAAGCACCGAAUGUACUUACUGCCAAGUGAUGAUUAGACGCCAGUUGAUGAAGCUGAAUUAAAAUUUCUGUAACCAUCUUCGUUCUAUCCAAAUCAGCAUCAGUCAGAUAAAAAGGAAAUAUGAAGCUAUCAAUAACUAUCAAUUUAACCUGAACAGAGAAUCGGAAAUGUAAAAUGUCAAUAAAUUUUUAAAAUUAA